CGCGCGUUCACGAUUUUCACAAGUUUCACAAGUUUUACGUGUUUUACGAGAUGGAAACCCCUCCAAAAGAACUCUCUCUGCAAGAAAUUCGAAAGUUUAUGAUUUACAACAACUACAAAGUGACGAACCACGCGUUAGUGAAACACUUCAGAGGAUUUCUCACCAACAAAGAUACCCAAGAUGAGGCUAGAAAGUGCUUCAAAACCUACGUGAAUAUCCUGGCAUCCAUCAAGCAAGAAGGCUCCGAGAAGUACCUAGUUCUUCGCAAAAAGUAUUACGAUGAAAUACCUCUGGCGGAUGAGUCACUGGACAUGAGCUCGUCGCUGACGAUGAGCCCAGCCUCGCGAUCGUUCGCACCGCUCUCCGAUGCGGAGGGAUCGCCGAUGCGCCAGCCUCCGCCUUACCGACCGCCACCGGUGGUUUCACAAAGUAGCCCACGUCGAAAUAGUUCCGAUUACGUUCGCAGUGGUUCCGAAAUCAGUUUCGGCAGUGAUUUUUCGAGUGUCGAUUUGAAGAAGAUGCACCCGGCCCUGAUGCGCAAUGAUAGCAUUGAGGCGCAAGUACUUUCGCGAAAGCACAGUGUGGAGCUGGCCAAGGAGGAAGGGGAAGCCCCUCCGGCGAUACCGCCGCGUAAAAAGAUAAGCGAAUCGGGAAGGAGUUCCGUGGAUGAAAGUUCCACCAUGGCCUUGCCAGACAGUAACGAAAACAAGGAAAAUAUGGCGGGAGAGAAAUCGGAAGCGGCCACCGAUGAGAAUAAGCUGAGUGUGAAGGAAAAGAUGAUGAAGUUUAAUCGUUUUGCAUCGGAAGAGGAAGCCAAAAUUCCUUCCCCUAUCGGCAAGAAGAAACCGGAUAAGAACCUGGAUGAAACGAUCAACUCGGAAAAUCUGUUACAACAUCCGAAAGCAAAGGAAUGGUUAAUCGCUGCGGCAAAAUCGGACUAUCAGCUGCUGGCCAAGCUUUCCACCGAGCAUCCCAAUUUAGUCAAGCUGCAGGACAUCAGCACGGUAAGUUUGACUUCAAUGUCGUUAGUUAAUUUUAGAGCACAAAUUCAAUAA